UAAUUGAUGUGUUUCUUUCCUGUUAAAUAUCUGCUUUCUAGUCUUAUUAUUGGGCUAUCUAUAUUCUCUCUUUCUCUCCCAUUCCAACCUCGCCAAUAUUUUUACUGAUAUAUAUACAGUUUCCUUCUAGCAGCAACUAAGGUGUCCCAUCUUUAACAAGCUUUAAUGGCGAAGUCUGGAGACUUUGUUGAAUACCUUAAUCAGGAGAGGCUAAGCAUGGACUCGGACCCACCGUUUUGCCAAACUUACAAGGCCCUCUUCGACAAAAUCAGCGAAAACCCUUGUAAUAAGGUUGUCACUGUUGAAGAAUGUGAGCUUCCGUUGGUCGAUCUGAGUCGACUGGACCUCGACGAAUCAGAGAUGGAGGAGUGCAAGAGGGAAAUAGCUAUGGCGUCUCAGGAGUGGGGUUUCUUUCAGGUUAUCAAUCAUGGGAUUUCUAGAGACAUAUUGGAAAAGCUGAGAGAAGAGCAAGUGAAAGUUUUUAGACAGCCUUUCGAUAAGAAGAGUACAGAAGAAAAGUUCGCCACUGGUUGUUACCGUUGGGGAACACCUUCGGCUACAUGCCUCCAGCAAUUGUCAUGGUCUGAAGCCUUUCACAUUCCGAUGACCGAGAUCUCUGACUCUGGUGCUUUCAGUAGUCUCAGUUCAGCAAUGGAACAGUUUGCUAUAACAGUGGCAGGUCUUGCUCAAAAAUUAGCUGGAAUCUUGGCAGAGAAGCUGGGCCAAAAGUCCACCUUCUUCAAAGAAAAUUGUUUGCCCAGCACUUGCUACCUUCGAAUGAAUCGAUAUCCACCAUGCCCUUUUUAUUCAGGAGUACACGGUCUAAUGCCACACACUGAUAGUGAUUUUUUCACAAUAUUGCACCAAGAUGAAGUUGGAGGAUUACAAUUAGUGAAAGAUGGGAAAUGGAUUUCAGUCAAACCUAACCCAGAAGCUCUAGUUAUCAACAUUGGAGACUUAUUCCAGGCUUGGAGCAAUGAUGUUUAUAAGAGUGUUGAACACCGAGUUGUCACAAAUCCAACAGUGGAGAGGUUCUCCACUGCAUAUUUCUUCUGCCCUUCAUAUGAUACUGUAAUCCAGAAUUCUGAGCCUUCCGUCUACAGAAAGUUUAGCUUUGGAGAAUUUAGACAGCAGGUUCAAGAGGAUGUACAAAAGCUGGGUCACAAAGUAGGCCUCUCUAGAUUUCUUUUAAGCCACAAGUGAAUACUGCAAUAAUUAUUUAUAGCAAAUACAAUUAGAUUGUUUGUUCUUGCCAUAAAAGGGUAUAAUUUGCUUCCAAAUUAUUAAACAGCUAGGAUAAUUAGUUAUUUAUU